CAUUUCCACACGGCUCGUGUGCAGAGUAUAUAUAUACACGAGGGCGCGAAACACAUUUCCCAACUCACCAAGCACCCGCACCGUUUCUUAAUCACAAGGGCCUAAAUCCACACCUCUCGAUUAAUCAUAUCGCCACUUAGCAAAGUACUACUAUUCCAAAGCUUUAAUUUUACGUAGUACCGCGCAUGGCCAUGGCCAUGGCAAUGGGUGGCGGCGGCGGCAUGUUGCAGUUGCAGUUGGAACCCUACGCCGUGGCCGCGACGCUGGCGGCAUUGGCUUCGGCGUACAUGCUGUGGUUCUGGGCGCUGUCGAGGCGGCUCUCGGGGCCCCGGAUGUGGCCGCUCGUGGGCAGCCUCCCCAGCGUGGUGGCGAACCGGACGCGUGUCCACGACUGGAUCGCCGACAACCUCCGCGCCACGGGCGACGCGGCCACGUACCAGACUUGCAUCCUGCCGCUGCCGUUCCUGGCGCGGCGGCAGGGGCUGGUGACGGUGACUUGCAACCCGCGGAACCUGGAGCACAUCCUGCGCGCGCGCUUCGACAACUACCCCAAGGGCCCCAUGUGGCAGGCGGCGUUCCACGACCUCCUGGGCCAGGGCAUCUUCAACUCGGACGGCGAGACGUGGCUGCUCCAGCGCAAGACGGCCGCGCUCGAGUUCACCACCCGGACGCUGCGCCAGGCCAUGGCGCGCUGGGCCAACCGCUCCAUCAAGGACCGCCUCUGGCGCAUCCUGGCCGACCACUGCGACGCCGCCGCCAGCGUCGACCUCCAGGACCUCCUCCUUCGCCUCACCUUCGACAACAUCUGUGGCCUCACCUUCGGCAAGGAUCCCGAGACCUUGUCCCCGGGUUUGCCCGAGAACCCCUUCGCCGCCGCUUUCGACGAGGCCACGGGGGCCACGAUGCAGAGGUUCCUGUUCCCGAGCUUCCUGUGGCGGGUCAAGAAGGCGCUCGGGCUCGGCAGCGAGCAAAGCCUCCGGAAGAGCCUCGCCGUGGUGGACCAGUUCAUGACGGAGACCAUCGCGGCGCGCAAGGCCACGCCCUCGGACGAUCUCCUCUCCCGGUUCAUGAAGAAGCGCGACAGCAACGGGAAAGCGUUCCCGGAGGACGUGCUGCAGUGGAUCGCGCUCAACUUUCUCCUGGCCGGGCGCGACACCUCCUCCGUGGCGCUCAGCUGGUUCUUCUGGACGAUCAUGCAGAGGCGGGACGUGGAGCGGAAGGUGCUCCUGGAGAUCGCCUCCGUGCUCAGGGAGACCCGCGGGGAGCACGACGACGGCACGGGGAAGUGGACCGAGGAGCCGCUGGGCUUCGACGAGCUGGAACGGCUCGUGUACCUGAAGGCGGCGCUGGCGGAGACGCUGCGGCUGUACCCGUCGGUGCCGCAGGACUCCAAGUACGUGGUGGCGGACGACGUGCUCCCCGACGGCACCGUGGUGCCGGCCGGCUCCGCGAUCACUUACUCCAUCUACUCGGUCGGGAGGAUGGAGAGCAUCUGGGGGAAAGACUGCGCCGAGUUCCGGCCGGAGCGGUGGCUCUCGGCUGACGGCAGCCGCUUCGAGCCCGUCAAGGACGCGUACCGCUUCGUGGCGUUCAACGGCGGGCCGAGGACGUGCCUCGGGAAAGACCUCGCCUACCUGCAGAUGAAGUCCAUCGCGUCCGCGGUGCUGCUGCGCCACUCGGUGGAGCUCGUGCCGGGGCACAAGGUGCAGCAGAAGAUAUCGCUCACUCUCUUCAUGAAGAACGGCCUCCGCGUCAACGUCAAGCCCAGGGACCUUGCCAGCUACGUCGCGCCGCCGGAGGAGGAGCCGCCCGAGCUGGGAUCCGUCGUUAUCCCGACUACCACCGCCGCCGCUGCAUAGUCUUGCGUAUGCAUCCUACUAUACGUACAUUAUUUGGCUUCUGAAUUCUGGUGCUUGCUCAUUCUGGCUGCUGAAUUUGUUCUGCUUGUUGUCGAUACUUUUGUGUCAUUCGGGUUGUGUAACUGUUGUUGAGGUAUGGGUGAAUCGACAAAUGAAUAUACGUUCCAUUCAUAUAUAA